GACUGCAGCUCCCGCAAUGCCGCGCGCCUUGCACUGCCCUGCUGCAGGCGCCGGGCAGGGGCGAGCGAGGCGGAGUCGGUGCGGGAGGGCUGCGGUGCGCUGCAAGGGCUGAGCUGCAGCCCCCGGGCAGAUGGACUUCAAGAAAAUUACGGAUGAAGUUUCCAAAAAAAUGUUGUCAUACAGUCAAGAUACAUCAGGAUGGAGAGUAAUAAAAGUUUCGAAAAAUGUUACAGUUUCUUCAAAACCUUCAAAAGAAUAUGCAGGACAUCUAUACCGUGGAGAAGGAAUAAUUAAGGAGGUACCUUCUAAAGUUAUUCCCUUUAUGUAUCUUCCUGAACAUCGAUCCAAGUGGGACAAGGCAUUACAGUCUUACCGGCUGCUAGAAAAGAUUGACCAGGACACAGGCAUAUAUCACAGUGUUACACAGAGUUAUGGUAUGGGAGUGAUUUCGUCAAGAGAUUUUGUUGAUGUGGUACACAUUAAGCCAUAUGCUGGAGGUAUCCUUACUACUAACUCUGUCAGUGUGGAGUAUCCAGAAUGCCCUCCGUCUCCCUCUUGCAUCCGUGGUCAUAACAACCCUUGUGGCUAUGUUUGUUCCCCACUGCCAGAGGAAAGGUUUUUUGAACAAGAUUUAAUUAGAACUUACAUUGAGUUGCCAUCAGAAUACAUACACGAGUCAGAUUUCAGAGCAAGUCAAAAGUAACAAUACACUGUGAUGUAUUUUGUAACACACUAGCACUUUAUUGUAUAAAGCUACUGUGAAAUAACUUGAUUAUGUAAAAUAUCAUAAGUGUUGAUAAGUAUGUUACACUGACAGACUAAUCAAUAUUUUGCCAUAGUUUUACAUAUGUAUAUUUUAAGCAACAUGGCCUAGUUUUAUAACUCAAAUUAUUUAAUUUUGACUCAAAGAAGUAUUAGUAAUUGUAAAUACAUUUAUUACAAAUUACAUUCAAACAGUAAUUAGCUAAAUUUUAAAUGUCAAAUUGUUCAUUGGUAAGAUUUUUUUUAAAAUGAGAGGUGCUAUAAUUACUUCAGCAACUUAAUACUAUCCUUAAGUAACUUGUCAAAAUGAGGUCCAUAUAAGUGACCUGAUCAAGAGGGCUGAACAUUAAGACUGGUUAGCUUAUGAUAUGUUCAUAAGAAAAGAAAAAAUCCUGGAGUAGUUAUAAAACAGUGGAUUCAUGGGCUAGGAAUUGAGUUCUUGUAUGUUAUAAAGAACAUCUCUUUAAGGCAUGUUGCUACUGUCUGCAUCCUGAAACCAGCAAAUCCACGACAUUCAGAAAUGGAAAAGGGAUUGUUCUUACCAUGAACAACCUGGGAAUGUUUUCAUUAAACCAUAAUGACCAGCAAAAGGGCAUUUCUUGUCUGCUAAUUUCAAGAGCCCACAACCUUUGCAGCUGGUAGUUUUAACUGCAGGAAAUGCUGACAACCUCUUUUUGGCCAUUCUAGCUGCAUAUCAUAAAAAUGUUUUUGAAAGUUUAAGAAACACAUGGAGAAGGUUUUCCGUUCACCCCAUGCUCCUUCUCUAGCAGUUAUAGAAGUAAGAAUUAACAUAAACAGCCAUACAUUUUCAGUGUGCCAGCAGGUUCACAGGAUCUUUUUCUCCACAAAGUAAGCAUUUCCUGUAUGUUAAGGGUUUAAUAAAAAAAGGAUUUAGCUGUGGAAACCAAUGCCUAAUUAAUACAAUUUGGCUGAUACAAGAACAAGUUUCAUUAAGUAUCUGCAACUUUUCAGUGAAUGUAGCUUUUCAAUGAGGAUAAUACAACUGGAAGACUCAAAGAAAGAGGGAGAGAAUGAGGUGGGGAGGUGGAAACCAGCCCUAUCCUGUACUUUGGACCAAAUAAAAUAUAUGUCUGCUACUUUAACAAAAGAACAUGUAGUGUUAAUGAAGCUCUUCAUUGCUGAGAUGGUCUUAGUGAGUUUUUAUGUACAGUCAUAAUGUUACAAUGUAAGUUUCUUUACUGUAAAAGUGAUUGACUUUUAAGUGCCCGUUCUUAUGGCAAUUUUGUUUUAUCUGAAAUUUUUUAUGCCAAUCAUCUCUGUAUUAUAAACACAGUCAUCAGUUUGGUUUAAAAUACCUUAGUAAACUGUUAGACUGUGAUGAACACAA